CCCUCCUAGCGGCGCGCAUGGCGGGGCCGGUGAAGGACCGGGAGGCCUUCCAGAGGCUCAGCUUCCUGUACCAGGCCGCCCACUGCGUCCUUGCGCAGGACCCCGAGAACCAGGCGCUGGCGAGGUUCUACUGCCACACGGAGAGGACCAUCGCGAAGCGGCUCGUCCUGCGGCGAGACCCCUCGGUGAAGAGGACCCUCUGCCGCGGCUGCUCGUCCCUGCUCGUCCCGGGCCUGACCUGCACCCAGCGCCAGAGACGCAGCAGGGGACAGCGCUGGACUGUGCAGACCUGCCUGACAUGCCAGAGAAGCCAGCGGUUCCUUAACAAUCCUGGACAUGUGCUCUGGGGAGACCGGCCUGAGGCCCAGCUGGGGAACCAAGCAGAUCCCAGACCACCACAGCCUCUGCCGAACACAGCCCACCCCAUUCCAGGCCACCUUCCUGAGGAGAAAGUGCAGCCUCAAAGCUCUAAUCACCAGUGAUGAAGUCACCCUGUUUUCCAAAUAAAGUUUAAUUGUUUCACUUUGUGUGAUUCUGUUC